UUAUGAGUGCUAGUUUAUGGGCACGCUUUUUGAUUGUUAUUUAUAUCCUUGAAUAGACUUAGAUUAUAGGAUAUUAGAGUGGACGGAUCGUAAAAAGAGAUACUGAAGUUCAUAAAUAAGAUAGUUUCGCUCAUCAUGGAUUACUUGUAUGAAUCAAAAAGUGUGGCCCGCAUGAGCUCGUUUAUUUGUUUGCCAAUACUCCUGGUGUUAUUGGGAUUGUUCAUAUGGAAAAGAAAAAUAGACAAGGUUAAGAUGCUUGAGAAAUUUCCAGGACCCAAGAAAAACUUUCUGUUUGGAAAUACGCUCCAGUUUGCUCGAGAUCCAAGUGAAUUCCGUGACCAGGUACUCAGCUGGUCCAAAGAUUUCAAGGAUAAUGGCAUGUUCUGCAUCUGGCUUGGUCCGUUUAAUCCAUUCAUAUAUACCUUCAAGCCAGAAUAUGCAGAGAUAUUACUGAGCAGCUCACACCAGAUCAGCAAAUCUUACGAAUAUGUAUUUUUACAUCCAUGGCUCGGCACAGGUCUUCUUACCAGCACUGGAGAAAAAUGGAAGAGGCGUCGCAGACAAAUAACACCAACAUUCCACUUCAAAAUUCUGAAUGAAUUUAUUCAAGUGUUUGAAGAGCAGUCAAAAAUUCUUGUUUCUAUUCUGAAGUCUGAAUGCCAGGAAGGUGCUCUAGAUAUUUUCCCUCGAGCCGCAAAAUGUGCAUUAGACAUUAUUUGCAAGUCAUCGAUGGGUAAGAAUGUUAAUGCUCAGAGAGAUGGCAAUUCUAGAUAUGUUGCAGCUGUUACAGGGAUCUGUGAGCUCAUACAAGAACGUCAAAAAAGUCCCUGGUUUUGGUCUGAUCUCAUUUAUAGCAUCACUCCAUCAGGACGCAUGCAGCAACAGUACCUUGAAACUCUUCAUGGCUUUACCAACAAGGUGAUUGACGAGCGUCUGUUAGAAAGGAAGUCUUCAGCAGGACAAGAGGAAAGGGAAGUAGACGAGUUCACUGGGAAGCGUAAGAAACGUCCAUUGGCUUUCCUCGAUCUGUUGCUUGAUGCCUUUGAUGAUGGACAGAUCGAUAGAGAAGGCAUCCGUGAAGAAGUAGACACAUUCAUGUUUGAGGGUCACGACACAACUGCUGCUGCUAUAUCGUGGACCAUACUUUUACUGGGUUUACAUCCUGAAGUACAGGAUAAAGUACAGCACGAAGUGGACGAGUUCUUUGAAUCUCGAGCAGAGGAACUGACUGUUGAUUCGUUGAAGGAUUUGAAGUACUUGGAGUGCGUCAUUAAGGAAAGUCUUCGCUUGUAUCCAUCAGUCCCGUUCAUUGCAAGAGAAUUAUCAGAAGACCUAACUAUUGAUGGAAUACCAAUACCAAAAGGAACCACAGUAGGCGUGGCACAAGUUUCUCUGCAUUCCAACCCAAAUGUCUGGCCAGAUCCUGAGCGAUUCGACCCAGACAGGUUUUUACCUGAAAAUAGCGAAGGUCGUCAUCCCUACGCUUAUGUACCCUUUUCGGCGGGACCUAGAAACUGCAUCGGUCAGCGGUUUGCUAUCCUGGAGGAAAAGGUCGUGUUGGCCAACAUUCUUCGUCACUUUAGCGUGAAGUCCGAGCAAUCACGUGAUCAAAUCAGGGUUUGCGCUGAAUUGAUCACAAGGCCACAGAAUGGGAUCUUCGUCACUCUAACCCCAAGAAACUAAGCAAAUUUAUUCUUACAAGUGUAUGAACACGCGGUUUGUUUCCAAUUGAAUGCCUUUGUAACCUGAGAAAACAGACGUCCUUUCGCCCAUUGCCUCGCCCCGCGCCAAAGCGGCAAAAAGAUGUCUGUUUUCUCAUGUUAAUAUUACGAUAAACUUUAUUAAAAGAGAGUGACGCAAUAACCCAGUGGUUUAUCUAACUUACGGCUUUUGUUUUUAGCCUGUGUAAGAAAAAAGAAAAGAAAAAAAAUAAAAAUACACUGAGAAAAUUAUUCCACUAAAUUAGAUAAAGUAUAUCAUCCACACCUUUUUUUCCAAAGCAAAAAUUGUUCUCAUUGGUAUUAAAUAUCUCUAUUCUAUCUUAUUGAUUACAAGCGAAUCGAUAUUAAUUUGUACGUAAAUGUUAUAAAAUUGAUAAGCCUUAUAUCUAUCACGCAAAUGUAAUUCUACUUCUGAUAAACACUCAAACAAAUACGGCUUCGAUACACGAACUGAUCAUAACAUAACCUAGAUUUUUUGCCUGGAUUGUAUUAGCUUGCAGACGUUGCUGGUUGAGAACGGGGAGGAUUGAGGCAAGUCAUGGGCGGCCUGUUAUGUUGUUACACUAGACCGGCUGUCCGUACCUCAAACUCCGUGCUUCUCUUUAUUAUUAUGACUUAAAUAUGAAAUAUCGUAAUAAAGGGUAGAAAUAGUAA